GGUAGCGCACGCGAGGCAGAAAACCCGCUUUGGGAUUGGCUGAGAGACACUGGUACCCAGCUCAGUGAAGCUCGAGAAAUUCGCCUCAAACGACCGGAAGUUCCACCGGAAAUCGCAUUCUUACAUUGUAAUGCAACAAACCGUAAGAAAAUAAUAUUUGGGGUAGAAUAGGUUUCCACACAAAGUAUUACGUCACAUUUCAUUAUAUCAGAUAAGCUGAGUUCGGAAAAUACUGACCAAAAACUUCGCGGUAUUCGGUUUUCUAACGGCGUGUUUUGGCCGCAUCCUGGGACGUGUGCGCGGUUGCUGCUAGCUUUACUUUGGUCCAGAGAAAGAGUGAAGGAUGUGACUGAAGCCUCUUUCGCGUGCCUCAUCGGCCCUGACUCACUACGCCGUUUGUGUACACUCCUACUGCACUUUGCCUACGAAAUGGAGCUCGAUGGAAAUUAGCAAGCGUGUACCUCUUCGAAUUCCCACCCUUACCUUUGGAGAAUGAUCCACCGGCAGGUUAUUUUAUCCCAGGUUUUGGUCUGCUUUGGGUUGACUGGUCAUUAUGCUGAUGCAGCUCUGUAGUUUCAAGAACUUGUACCAAAAUCGGUUCCUGGGCUUGGCGGCCAUGGCUUCCCCAACUCGCAGCAGCCAGACCCGCCAGCGCUGUAAGGAUGCGGUUCGGCACAGCUAUGGCCCCGAGUCCUUUGCUGUCAAUGGCCUGAACCAGGAUGCUUUUAUGUUGGGACUGUCACGCUCCACCAGCGACACUGAUCUGGUCUCUCCAGAUGCACGUUCCACUCUUACCAUCAGCUCUUCCCACUACAUCAUAGGCCAGUCCGAAGAUCUGGUGAUCACAUGGGACAUCAAGGAAGAAGUGGAUGCUGGAGACUGGAUUGGGAUGUAUUUAGUUGAUGAGACGUUAUCGGAGAACUUUCUGGACUACAAGAACCGAGGCAUCAAUGGAUCUCACAAAGGACAAAUAGUCUGGAAAAUUGAUUCGAGCUCCCACUUCAGUGAACCUGAGACCCAGGUCUGCUUCAGGUACUACCACGGUGUCACUGGGGCACUGAGGGCAACCACACCCAGUGUAAUCAUCAAGAAGGGCUCAGCGCCUAUACUGAAGCCAGUGGUCAGUCCUGAAGUCAACCAUGGAUUGGGCAACAGAAGACUUAUUAACUUUAACCUGUCAGACCUCCAGGCAGUGGGACUGAAAAAGGGGAUGUUCUUCAAUCCAGACCCAUACCUGAAGCUGUCCAUUCAGCCCGGAAAGCACAGCAUCUUCCCGUCUCUGCCACACCACGGCCAGGAGAAACGCUCCGGAGUGGUCUGCAACACUGUCAACCCUAAGUGGAGCACAGAGAGGUUUAACUUUGUGUCCCUACCCACUGAUGUCCUGGAGAUUGAGGUGAAGGAUAAGUUUGCCAAGAGCAGACCAAUCAUCAAGCGUUUCCUGGGGAAGCUCUCGGUCCCGGUCCAGAGACUGCUGGAAAAACAUGCCAUCGGGGAUCGAGUAGUAAGUUAUUCCUUAGGUCGCAGGUUGCCUACAGAUCAUGUCUGUGGCCAGCUGCAGUUCCGCUUUGAGCUGACCUCCUCCAUUCACCCAGACGAUGAGGAGGUUUCCUUAGUCAUAGAGGCGGCCUGUCCUGAGGGUGGACACGCAGCAGAUGUCAACCAUGCUGCUGACGCUCCCGAUGAUGACACACUGAGUGUGGGCCCUGACAUGCCUGAUCUUCCCUUGGAUGCUCCUCCUGACCCUGAGACUUUACCUGAAGCAGCCUCCGCACCCAAGGAGGUCCAACCCGCUGAGAAGGAGCAGGGUGAAGCGACGUCACAGGAGGAGCAAGGAAGUGUGGAAGAGGAGACCACGGUGAGAGAGGAACCCUUGACUCCUGAGCCUCAGGUGGAGCAGGCGGAGGGAGAAUCUGCUGAGCAGCAGCAGGAGGGAGGAGAGGAGGGGCAGCAGGAGAAAGGAGAGGUGGAGCAGGGAGAGGAGACUGCAGCCCAAGCCGAGGAGGAGGUUACAGCAGAAGGAAGAGAGGCUGUGGAUGAAGCACAGUCAGAGCCACACUCUGACUGUGCCGUAGCAGAAAUGACUCUCGAUGAGGCCACUGCUGUGGAGGCUCCCCCCGAGGAAAACACUGCACCCCAGGAGGCUCCUGUAGGCCCAGCUGAAGGGACCCCGCAGGAGGUUGGAGAGGGAGGGGAAAGAAGCUGCGCCCCCUGCUCCUGCCAGUCUCUCUUGUCGAACUACAACUCCAAUGCUCAUUCACGCCGUAAAACCCGCCCCUGCUCCCUCCCGGUGUCAGAGCUGGAGACGGUGAUUGCCUCGGCCUGUGGCGAGCCUGAGACGCCACGAUCCCACUACAUCCGGAUUCACCACCUCCUUCACAGUCUUCCCUCGGCCCAGCACAGACCGCCCAGCCAGGAGGAAGAGCAAAGUGGGGAAGGAGUGAAUACAGACAGCACUCUGGAGACAAACACCACAUCACCAACGCAUAAAACCUCCAAAGAGCAGGAGGGGCAGGAGGAUGAUGAAGAAGAGGAUACAUCACAGUCACCCUCUCAGGUUCUGGUGUGUCCGGGCCCCUGCUGUCGGCGCUCGCUGCCCCGCAGCCUCUCCAUUGAGCGCCUCUCUGAGCUGAAUCAACUUCUGGAAGGUGAAGGAUUUGGAGGUGGCCACACAGCAGUCAGGAGGAUCUCUCCUUCCUGUCCAGAAAGCGAGGAGGGGGAUUCCAGCAAUGGGGGAGGAAGGAGGGCUGGCGGCAGCGCCCACAGAGCUCCAGGUGAAAGCGAGUGCGAGUUUUGUGACACCUCCUGCUACAGCACCUCGUGCUACAGCACCUCCUGUUACAGCACGUCAUGCUACAGCAACUCCGGCUAUGAGGGGAGGGGGCGGUUUUGCAGCCACACCCGCCUGUCUUCGGUGGAGAGUAACCGGCUCUCCAGCAGCACUGUGUUCUCCUCCCAGGAAGAGGAAGAUGAGGAGAGCGCCUUUGAGUCAGUACCUGAUGGCAAUCACGGCCCUGACGGACAAGAGCAAGGCGGGGCCGAGAGGAGGACGGGCAGAUGGAAGGAGGCCAGGAGCGGAGAGCAGGGGGAUCCAGCUGUGGCGGGGCCCAGUGAUCAGAACAGCAUCGGCUCAAGCUUCUCCCCUCCUGUUGGCCAUCUUCCAGUCCUGCGACCCAGCCAUGACCUAAACCAUUUUCCUGCUGCCACUGACCAAGCCUUACCUCCAAACUGGGAAGCUCGGAUUGACAGCCAUGGCAGAGUUUUCUACGUGGACCAUGUCAACCGGACCACAACCUGGCAGAGGCCGAGCCACGCUACCAAAUGUAACCAUGGCAUACCUCGCUCAGGGUCCACGCAUCAGAUGGAGCAGCUCAACAGAAGGUACCAGAACAUACAGAGGACUAUGGCCACAGAGGAGAGUGGAGGGAGUCAGAGGAUUGAGCGGAGCAGCAGUACUGAAACUGAUCCUGACUCCACUCAGACGGGCCCCGCCUCUCCUGUCAAUCAACAGAAGAUCAGCCAUCUCCUCCAGUCUCCUGCUGUCAAGUUCAUCACACACCCAGAAUUUUUUACUGUGUUGCACAGCAACUAUGCAGCGUACCGGAUGUUCACCAGCAGCAGCUGUGUAAAGCACAUGAUCCUGAAGGUGCGCCGUGAUGCCAGAAACUUUGAGCGCUACCAACAUAACAGGGACCUUGUGGUCUUCCUCAACAAGUUUGCAGAUAGUCAGCUGGAGCUGCCAAGGGGUUGGGAAAUCAAAACAGACCCCCAGGGCAAGUCUUUCUUUGUAGAUCACAACAGCCGAGCCACGACCUUCAUCGACCCUCGGAUACCUCUGCAGAACGGCCGGCUGCCUGGCCACCUCGCCCACAAACAGCACCUGCAGAGACUACGCAGCUACAGCGCCGGGGAGGCCUCUGAUGUGUCCAGGAGUCGAGGGGCUUCUCUGAUGGCCAGGCCGGGAAACAGCUUGGUGGCUGCUAUACGAAGUCAGCAUUAUGCUGACUCACAGCAGCUGAGCGCUCCAUGUAAGCCCAUCACCGACAAAUUACAAACCAAUUCGUUUCCCUCUCGAUUGUUCAGGGAGAAGAUCCACUACGUCAGGACUGAAGGAAAUCAGGGAGUGGAGAAGCUGUCAUGUGACGCUGACCUGGUCAUCCUGUUAAGUUUAUUUGAAGAGGAAAUCAUGUCAUGUGUUCCAGCUCACCCCAUCCAUCACAACCUCAGCUUCUCUCCUCGCUGUUCCCCCGCCUCGUCGCCACAGAACUCUCCCGGCCUGCAGAGGGCCAGAGCUCCAGCUCCUUACCGCAGAGACUUUGAAGCCAAACUACGAAACUUCUACAGGAAAUUAGAAGCUAAAGGAUACGCCCAGGGGCCAGGAAAGAUCAAGUUGCUCAUCAGGAGAGAACAUCUACUGGAAGGAACCUUCAACCAAGUGAUGGCAUAUUCACGCAAAGAGCUGCAGAGGAAUAAACUCUAUGUCACGUUCCUUGGGGAGGAGGGGUUAGAUUACAGCGGUCCUUCCAGAGAGUUCUUCUUCCUCUUGUCUCAGGAGCUGUUCAAUCCAUACUACGGCCUGUUCGAAUACUCAGCCAAUGACACCUACACCGUGCAGAUCAGCCCCAUGUCAGCGUUUGUUGAGAACCAUCUGGAAUGGUUCCGUUUCAGUGGUCGCAUCCUGGGCCUGGCUCUGAUCCAUCAGUAUCUGCUGGACGCUUUCUUUACUAGACCGUUCUACAAGGCGCUGCUCAGACUGGCGACGGACCUGUCUGAUCUGGAGUAUCUGGAUGAGGAGUUUCAUCAGUCUCUACAGUGGAUGAAAGACAACGACAUCACCGACAUCCUCGACCUAACCUUCACUGUCAACGAGGAGGUGUUUGGCCAGGUAACGGAGCGUGAGCUAAAGUCCGGUGGCGCCAACCUCCAAGUAACUGAGAAGAACAAGAAGGAUUAUAUAGAGCGAAUGGCCAAGUGGAGGGUGGAGAGAGGAGUGGUGCAACAGACGGAGGCGCUGGUCCGAGGCUUCUACGAGGUGGUGGACUCCAGGCUGGUGUCGGUGUUCGAUGCACGGGAACUGGAGCUGGUCAUUGCUGGGACGGUGGAGAUUGACCUCGGUGACUGGAGAAACAACACCGAGUAUAGAGGAGGUUACCAUGACGGCCACAUAGUGAUGCGCUGGUUUUGGGCUGCAGUGGAGCGCUUCAACAAUGAGCAACGCCUCCGUCUGCUGCAGUUUGUCACGGGGACAUCCAGCGUUCCCUACGAAGGCUUUGCCGCCUUGCGAGGUUCGAAUGGCCUCCGGCGCUUCUGCAUUGAGAAGUGGGGCAAAGUGACAUCACUACCCAGAGCUCACACCUGCUUUAACCGCCUCGACCUGCCUCCCUACCCUUCGUACACCAUGCUGUAUGAGAAACUGCUCAUUGCUGUGGAAGAAACCAGCACAUUUGGUCUGGAGUGAGACAGACAAAUCGAACACUGCACGCCUCUAUGUCCAACACUGGCUGGGCCAAAAUGUGAAAGGAGCGCAGCCUAACCUGUCUUAAAGAUCCCGGAAUUGUACUGGAAAUGUUUCUGAUCAUUUUGGAUACACAGUAUGUUUGUCACUGUCAUGGUUCUGUGCGUCAGAGUCUGUCACUUACGAGGAUCUUUACGAUUGCACGCAACACUCACGGCGUCACAGCACUUAUUUUUCUAUAAAUCAUUAGAAAAUAAGAAACAAUUACAAAGACUUUUUUAUAAUUAAUAUUGAUCAGUUUGUGUGUACCUGAAGAAUGAGUAUGUCAAAUUUUGUUGCAUGUACCACAAUUCAUCCGACAAUGAAAAUGCUUUGGCUAAUAAAAGCAAAAGCAAAGUAUUUAUACUCAGUACAGCAACAAGUGAAAAGUAAUGUACAGAAAUAAGAACAAUAUGAGCAACACAAUAACACUGAAAACAGUCAUUUUCCAUAUGACAAUAACAACAGCAAUGUGCUUGGAGACAUGCUGGAAUUUAUCUUUAAUAGACAGAAAAUAUUUAAAUAAUAAUUUAAUAACCAUCAAAACCUACUGUAGAAAGAAAAUCGGAAAGAGAAAUGAAAGAAAUGGGUUAAUAGAAUUAAAUACUAUUAGUUCCUCUAAAAAAUGUUACAGUCAUUGCAAACUUUGAUUCAGAAAUCUUCUUUUUUUAUCAAAAGAUGUAUGCAAAGAUUGUUACACAAAUCCUCAGGUGGUUUCCUGCUGUGGACAUGUAGAAUGUCUAAUGCAAGUUUAAAUUCAAAAGAAAAAACCUCAAUCAGUUUAAUGCAAAGUUUAGUAGCCGUGAAGCCAAAGGAACAAUUGUCUGGGUUUUUUGUUGUUGUUGUUUUUUAAAGUGGAGAUACUACAAAUACCAAUAUGUAUCUAUGUGGACUGCAGCAGCCCAAAAGGAACUUGCCUGAGGACUUAAGAACAGAACUGCAGCACAAUGGGAGAUAAGAGGUUAAGGCUAAUAUAUGACGAGCUGCAGACAAUUAAGAGAGAAAGACUGAUUAUCACUCAAAAAAAUCCCAACAGGUGAAGAAAACUGCACUGAAGACAAGGUGAAUAACACAGGCUCAAAACUCAGAGACUACUGAACAUCUGGAAAUGAAAUGAAUAUCAAUAAUGGGCAAGCCACAAAGCAGUGAAGUUUCUGUUUCAAGCAAUGUGAAGAGUAGUCUGGUACACUGGAAAUCAAGAAAUAUACAUUCACAGCAUCCAGGUUGUACUCGCAUAAAAAGACAGGCCCUCCCUGCAGUUAAAGACUCCGCAGUACUAACGUGCUUCUGAUACUCAUCCUGGAAGUCCUGCAUCUGGGCCCACAGCUUCCGGUACUGUGCCUCCCUUUAAAGUGAUGACAACAAUUGGACACAGACACUCCACAGUCCUGUCUGACUGGACACUGAUGUUGCAUAGAGCUCAGUGAUGAGGCAAUGAUGUCAAGUAUUGCGAAUGCAAAAGUAGCCAUCAAUUCCAGCACAAGGGCUUCUGGGAUUCCUUUUGUGGAGACUAAGGGCGAUUACGUCAAACCAAGCUACGCGAGCUCCGUGAUUCGUGACUCUUCGUGACAGAAUUUAUACCUGGACGCUCUGCAGAUGGCUAAGGAGGACUAAAGUGGGAUUCUGCUUUCAGCCUGUGGUCUGGCUGUUUGAAUGGGAGCUUCUCACACUCUUGUUCGAGUCUUCCACAAACGAACUUGUCAUCUCUGACCAUGCACCAUUGGUGCUGCUCUUUGUAUGGAGCCGGUACUCCAGUAUUUAACUCUUUACUGUCUCAAACACAGUGACCAGUGCAAGAGCAGCGUGUGGAAUCUCCACUGGCCUCAGACCAGUGUAACAGAUCCCUGAACUGAUGUGGCCCUACUGGUAGAAAUGUGCGAUGUGUAAAGGGACAAACAGGUGUAACAUAUGCAAUAGUUGAGACCUUUACUCCAAUCUGUUCCACAGUCUGCCAUAUUGUUUUAGACACUGACUGACUGCAGUGCACCCUUGACAUCUCCAGCCCCUUGCCUGCAUCUCUAGCUGAGUGAUGAAGCUGUGCCUCAGUUACGUUCUGCCUCAUACAUGCCCUGUGGGGGUAGUACUGACAAAAGGAAAGUCAUUUGCCUUGUUUUUUUUUUAAGUCAGGUUAAUUGGUAACAGUCACUGAUUACUGUAUUUACAAUGGAUGUAGCUUUGUGGGCAGAUAACUAGCCUGAUAUAAGCAAUGCCAAAUAUAAACAGAACCAGGAGGCAUUAAAGCUGGCUGGAAAUCUGACACAUUUUCGCCGGAUUUGACAGAUACACUUGUAGCUACUCUUCCCAAGCUGUAGGCUUUUGUCAACCUAACUGUUGAAUGAGUUGUAAGGCUAACAGAGAACUAAUGGCUUACACAUCAAAGUGUGUUUUACCAUUUCAAGUACAGCUACAAUGUUCAUAAAACUUGAGAAAAGUUGUCAAAAAUGCUUUCUUGUGGAGUUGCGUAUCUUUGUCGCAGGCUAGACACAAAUCUCCAACCAAGUGGUCAAAGCACCAGGUUUCUGAAUGUUUCUGAAACCCAUGACUGACAUCACGACGUGCAAAAUAUUGUAGUCCAUUUACAUCUUUUGUAAACUUUAUUAAUUCCCAGUUAAAGCAGACGACUCCAAUGGUGGAACAGUUCAGUUAACGAAUGAACUGGAAACACUUCUGAAUCAUGGAGUGUAGUUUUUGUUCUUGAUCCAGUUCUGAUUAAGCAACUUGGCCUGUGGUAAAAAUAAUGUUUGUCACUUUUAUUAUUGCUCCCCUCUAAAGACAAUUCAAGGUUUGAACCAAACUGUGCUUUUAGAGAAUUGUUACAUACCUAAUAAAUGUUAGGUGUUUGCAGGGAAGACAACUGUGUGCAAUGAGAAAGAUGAGAUCUCUUGUUCUGCUUCUGAGUGUUGGGAUUAAUUGUUCAGGUUUUUGUGAAUCUAUAGUUAAUAAUCUACUGAAGCCAGUUGCACCAGCUGUUCAUAAAUUCAAACUUAGCCCUGUGUUUGCUAAGUGGCACUUUAUGCAAGAUGAAACUACAACUGGUUGCAGCACAAUGACAGUUUCUGCACAGAGAUUAGUUGUUACUAAAUAUUCAUACCCACUAACCACCAUGUGUAACUGGCAUACAGCUAAGUGAACAUAGCAACAAAACCAACAGCUUAAAAAGAAAAAGCUAAUAUGAAAGUCUUUAAAUUCACUUCCUACUACCUGGCAGGCAUUUUGGGAAUUCUCCUGGGAGUUAUUUGGAAUCAUCCAAGGCCGUUUAAAAUAAUUGGGAGCUGUGAAUGCAAAAAAAAGUUUAAAAGGUCUGACAACUUUGCCCCAAAAUAAGGUUUAAAAGCCAUUAUUUUUAUUUUAAGCAUAGAAGGUAACAACAGUUUUCAAAGCACAAACAUAAUAGUAAUACUUGGCAGAUUUAGGGGCGGCUGUGGCUCAAGAAGUAGAGCGGGUCAUCUAGCAGUUAGACGUUCGAUCCCGUGCUCCUCCGGUUUGCAUGUGGAAGUAUCCUCGGACAAGAUACUGAACCCCAAUUUGUCCCUGAUGCAUCUGUGUGAGCAUGUCGAUAAAUGUUAGCUAAAUAGCAACGCCUGUUCCUAUGUGAGCAGGUAGGUUUGGCUGUCUUUCUUACCUUAACAAAUCAAAAAAUACUUUAAAGAGUGCAACUUGUAUUUACUCAGGCUGUCUUUGUCUAACAUUUGCUUGAUGAUCUGGAACCUGUCGUGUGACAAAUAUGCAAAAAUUAAUAAAUGAGAAGGCAGCACAUACUUAAAUUGCAUGGAUACAGAGAAAACAGAGUGUUUAGGAAUACAGUCCCUAUUAGUCCACCUGAACACCCUAUAUGAAUUCCCCAAAUAACUGGACAAACUCAAAUAAUUUCAAACUUAAGGAUUGUUUUUAACUCAUGAACACAGGCAUCCAAUAUUGAUUUUGACCUUGUCCCUUGCAAACAGAUUUCUCUAGGUGCUCAGAGUCUUUUGAUGAUAUUGUGUACUCUUGAUGAGAUAUUGAGCGUCUUCAUAAUUUUACGCUGAGGAACGCUGGUCUUAAACUGUUCCACAGUUUGUAAAUGUGCUUUUUUUGCAGAUUGGUGAACCUCUGCAUAUCUUCACUUCUCAGAAUAUUUAUUUAAAUUAUACACAGUGUCCGUGUAAAGACAUUAAGUCGUCACUUACUUGCAGCUUUUGACAAUGGUACAGCUACCUCCGUGAGAGUGUUCUUGACUUGAAGUUUUUCUUAACCAAGAAAAUAUUUCUGUCAUUAUCCACUGGAAUUUUUUGGACAAAAAUCUGUCAUUGUUCAAAACCAGUUUACCUAACUAAAUGAAGAGUUGGUGCAACUCAGUCCAGCCGGUUUCCAAAAAGCUUUAGGUGGAUAGCCACCAGAGGGUGGUGGUAAAGUAUACAUAAAAAUAUAUUCAAUCACAUUGUUAGUUUAGUCAGAUUUGCAGUGUAAGCAGCAGACGUUGGUUUAUGUCUAGACUGGGUUUAUGGGUAGAGGUACAGAGCAUCAAACUUUGACAUAGGAAAUAAGAAUUUCUGUUUAAUGUUUGUGUUUAGGGUUAAUAAAAUGCAAUCUUUCAUUACUUAAUUGCCUAAUCCUUACCAUACCCUUACCCAAUGACAAUCUUUCCCUAACCUGGCCCUCACUGGUCUGUGUCCUGCCGUGUGCAGAUGUAGGUAUUUAAAGCAAGAUUUAUUUAUUUUGUCAUUGUUGCCACUCUACAUUGUCUUGCUGUGCUUCUCUAUCGUCCACCCAAAGCAUGCUGGGAUAGAAUCCACCUUCUGGUCCAGAGUAGGACUGAUGUGUGUGUCAAUUGUCCACAUCUUAUCGUGUGAAAGAUUUUCACCACAGCGGAACUUUUCACCUUCAUGAACCAUCAGCAACUCAAGUAGACGUGUGUGAGAUGAGUUGGCUAAAAUCACUUUCCAGGUAUCACAUUUGGGGCUAAUUUGGGCUGUCGGGUCACUGACAGCCAAUCUAGGGUUAGGGUUGGUUAACAUGCGCCCCUUUUUGUACAGUUUGUGCUUGCUUAGAACACCCAGAAUGAUUGUAAUGCCAAAAAUAUGUGACUUCAUUGAAAACGUGUCAUCUGCUAGUGUCUGACUUUUUGCCUAUUUAGCAUGCAGCUCAAACAAAACCCAAGCCUAUCCCCAAUGUGUCACCAGUGACUUGGUGGAAGAGUUUAAGGCUCAGCUGUGGUGCCAGCAAAUGUCGUGUGAACCAGAUAUGGCCCAGAUAUCACAGAAUGCUGAACUUGUAGCCAAACUCACCCUGGGUCAACACUAUGUUGUUACUCACAAAUCAACUACAUGUCAAAGUUUGACACAUAGCAAAGAUCCCUUACUUCAGCGGCCUGUCAAAUUUUAGGCUUCUUUAUUCCCAACAUGGUGUGAUGUUUGAAAAGCUGACUAUAUCUCCAGAUUUUACUUUUUUUAUUUUCAUUUAAAAUACAGCACUGUCAUGAAUUCGCUUCCCUGUAGAGGAGAAAAACUGCAGUGAUAGGUUCCACUAAAGAAGAAUCCACAGAACUUUGAUUGACACAAAUUUGAGAUUUUUGGAGAUUACCCACGCUUCUGUGAGUCAGAUCGAUAAUUACUCCACUUAUUGUUUGGUGUGGCAACAUCUUGUCCACACAUCCCAACACACACAAGGACAAGGCUGUGAUUUUGUUGCUCUCCUCAUACCUUUUUCUACAAUCGUUUGUACUCUUAUUUAUACAGUAUUGUAUUUAUAAGCAAGGGGAAGUCCUGCAACUUUCCUUGAAUGUUUUCUUUCUAUUUUAUUUUGUAAUCAUGUAAUUAGGAGGAUCAGUGGAAGAUUUUGCCUUUGAAUUUGAAGCCUUUGGGUUCUUAUGUGUGUCUUUUCUAUUCUAAGCUGGCUGAUUUUUUUUUUUUUUGGUUUUCUGCGGGGAAACUGUGAUGUUUGUUCCCAUUUGGCUCCUCUUUUUCUGUUCACCACUUUUGCUGGUGGCAUUAUUGAGGUUAAUGUCAGCUGUGGCUCACUCUGUUAGAAAUGUCAGAGCCACAUGAAUCCUGGAAGCACUCUAUUCUUUGGGCAGUUAAUGACAGUUAACAGAUUUUUGUAUGUGGUUUGGUGAACAUGUAAAGAGAGCUUACUGAUUUGUUGUUUUUGUUGGGUUGAUAUGAUGAAUGCAUACGUCAUAACACUGAUAUUUAUUGUGGGAAAGGAAUGAUUACAAAUGUUCCAGUAACACUUAUCUGUAAAUGUGCUGAUAGAA